AUGCCACUACCAAAAGAAGAAGACUGGGAAAAAAUUGGGAAUGAUUUCUGGAAUAUAUGGAACUUUCCAAAUUGUUUGGGAGCGCUUGACGGCAAACGUGUGGAAAUUUUCGCUCCUCCUAAUAGUGGCUCACAGUUUUACAAUUAUAAACGGACAUUUUCAAUUGUGUUGAUGGCGCUAGUGGAUGYGAAUUAUAAAUUCAUUGCCGUCGAUGUAGGUGCUUAUGGAAAGAAUAGUGACGGUGGAAUUUUCGCGAACUCUAGUUUUGGAAAAGCCCUUGAGAAGAAUAAAUUAAACGUACCAAAAGAUAGAAACCUUCCUGGAACUCAAUCUCCUGCGCCUUUUGUAAUUGUUGGAGAUUUGGCAUUUCCCUUAAAAYCUUAUUUGCUUAGACCAUAUCCAGGCCCAACGAUAAAUGGGGACAUCGAAAAACAAAUAUUCAAUUAUAGAUUGUCUCRAGCUCGUCGUGUAUCGGAAAAUGCUUUUGGAAAUUUGGUACAAAAAUUUAGAAUUUAUUUUAGAAGCAUAAAUUUAUUCCCUGAGAACGUAGAUAAAGUAAUAUUAACGACAUGCAUUUUACAUAACUAUAUCAAAGACAAUAUACUGAUGGCACAGCAUUUCGACCCUAUCGAAGGAGAACUUAACUGGUCAAAUCUACCAAGGCAAGGAGGAAAUGCAAACAAUUCUGCAUUUUAUGUACGUGAAACAUACAAAACUUUUUUUAAUAGUGAUAUUGGAUCAUUGGCAUGGCAAAAAGACAAAUUCGUAUAA